AUGUCUUCAGGAUCUCCAUCUCCUAGAAACCCCAUCGACAACGAAGGAGGAAAACGUAAACAUAGAGGAUCCAGUAGCGUUGCAUCUAGAAAUAGCAAUAGCAAUAGCAAGAAGAGAGAGCGUACUCAGCCUCCCAAGGAUCGUGCAAGGACUGAGGGAGGCCGCUCUUCAACAAAUCGCUCGAGCUCUCGAGAUUCAAGAAAAAGCUCAGAGAGAUCCCAGUGGUCUUCAGAUGGCGAGCUUCCGGAAAAUGUUAUGAGCGCGACAGAUCUAGCCCUCUAUCGGAACCGAGAAAAUCGCCAACCAUUAAAUGAUAGUCCACCACCUCCACACUCUCCGCCCAGACUUCAAAAGAAAAAGUCACUAGACUCUUUUCCUUCUUUGAGUGAGACGCAAAGCGAGAAGAUUGAAACAGAAAUCAAGCAUAUACGAAUGAAGAUAGGUUGGCUGAACCCCAAUAGCUCAGCGGACAGGCAAACAAUAGCUGAAUACGACCACCAAAUCAGAGAACUUGGACGGCAAUUGCGGCCAUUGCGGAGAGGCUGA